AUGCGUAAGUUCUGCCUCACCGUACUGCUCGUGCUGCGCGGACUCAUCAUCUGCGUCUGUUCCAGCGAUGAACCACAGCACCCUGGACUGUACAAGGACACCACUGUGACCUCAACAGAUCCAUGUCUGCAGAUGAGCCCUCCAUGUAUAACGGAGGCUGACCGCUUCAGCCUGGAGGCUCUUCAGCACAUCCACAGAGAGAUGGAUGAUGAUCAGGAUGGAGGCAUUGAGGUGGAGGAGAGUGUGGAGUUCAUAAUUGAAGAUAUGCAGCAGCAGCAACAGGCAAACAAACACAGUAAACUCCAUCAGGAGGAUCAGCAUAUAACUUUGGAGGAGCUUUGGAGGGGCUGGAAAUCUUCUGAGGUGCAUAACUGGACUCAGGAGGAUGUCGUGAGAUGGUUAAGAGAGUUUGUUGAGUUGCCUCAGUAUGAAAAGGGCUUCAAAGAGCUGCAUGUCAAUGGGAACACCUUGCCCAGGAUUGCUUCCAAUGAGCCAUCAUUUAUGAGCACAUAUCUGAAGAUCCAGGACCAGCAACACAAACAAAAACUCAAACUCAAAGCUCUGGAUGUAGUGCUCUUUGGCCCACCUACAAGACCCCCACACAACUGGAUGAAAGACCUGGUUCUGAUAGUGUCUGUAGUAAUGGGGAUUGGUGGAUGCUGGUUUGCACGAGUACAGAAUAAAGCAUCUAAGAUUCAUAUUUCAAAGAUGAUGAAGGACCUGGAAAGCUUGCAACGAGCUGAACAAAGCCUCACAGACUUACAGGAGCAGUUGGAAAAGGCCCAGGAAGAGAAGCGCACAGUAGCAGUAGAGAAGAAGAAUCUAGAGGAAAAGAUGAGAGAUGAGAUUCAGGGUGCUCAGGAAGAGGCCAACCGUCUGCACAAACUUCGAGAUGGAGCAGUGAGUGAACUCACCCGUCUUUGGUAUGCAGAAGAAGAGCUCGAACAGGUGCGUGAUGCACUGAAGAGGGCCGAGAAAGACAUGCAGUGCCUCUGGUCAGUUCCUGAAUCUUUGCAGCUGUGGCUACAGCUCACCCAUGAGGUAGAACUCCAGUACUACAACAUCAAGAAGCAAAGUGCAGAACAACAACUAGUCACGGCUAAAGAUGAGGCUGAGAAGAUCAAUAAAAAAAGGAGUUCUGUGUUUGGUACGCUACAUGUUGCACAUAGCUCCUCAUUGGAUCAAGUGGAUCAGAGAAUUCUGGAGGCCAAGAAUGCACUGGCAGAGGUGACUGCUUGUCUACGGGAGCGUUUGCACCGCUGGCAGCAGAUUGAGAGCUUGUGUGGUUUUCCUGUGAUGAAAAACGCUGGCCUGCCCAGUCUCACUGCUACACUAUACCCAGACCCCAACUGGAUGCUAAUGCCCCGGUCUGCAAUGCAAUCCUAUCAAGUGCCCGUUUCGGUGGAGGACAUGGAUGAAGAAAUACCUCAGAUUAUACCACAGAUUCCUGUCACAGUUGCACCUCUGAAAUGUUCUCCACGGUCUCUGGUUCGCUCUCGCCGAUCUGGGCAUAUUGUGUCAUCACCUGUCAUCCUAUCACCUGACCCAGACCUCCUGAUUCCCAUACGAACUCCUCUACGCCGAUAUGGAGAUGAAGAAGAAGAGCAUAUCAAAUUCUCCCCUCUCGUGAAACAGGAGUCUAUGGAAACAUCUUCAGAUACAGAUUCUAUCGGGUCUUCCAUCAGCAGAAUGUACAGCACCCUUGAUGUCCCAUCUCGAAGAAAAUAUAUUUUCUCUGAUAAAAUGCCCCGAAAGAUCUCCCUGGAUGAACAAGACGACAGUCCCUCACGCAAAAUCUCGGAGGAGAUGGACGAGUCUUUGUUAGUGAAUAACACCUCAAGGAAAGUUUCACGAGACGAACUGGACCUUAAUACUCCAUCAAGAAAGAUGUCUAGAGACGAACUAGAGGCCUCUGUGGACCCUCCUAGACAACUGAGUAGAGGAGAAACUGAGGCCAGCAUUGACUCAAGGAAAUUACCCAGGGAUCUACCUUUCGAUUCCACAAUGAGGUACUACUCUACAGAAAAGAUGUCUCCAGCAGCGAUCAGCAUGGAUAGUCAGAGACAACGAUCACUCAGAGACAGAAAAGAUCAUAUGGACAGCAUUUCUAGAGUGAUACCAAAAGCAGAAUUUGAUAUAGAGACCACAAGUACAACUAGAUAUUCAGAUGCCUUUAACACUUCCAUUAAACACAAAGAAAGCCGGGAUUUUACAACCAAUAUCCAGCGAGGAAGAGCGUUUAGGGAAAACUCCUUUGAUGCCACUUCUGAUAGUUCAGUGGAAAGCUCUAAAAAAUACAAGAUGUUAGGCAAAACAGAUUCAUACAAAGACAUCCCUUCACGAUUGAUGGCACAAGAUGAAUUUGAUCUGCCCAUGGAUUUUGAAAGACAAAAAAUGAGAGAUAUUUCCACUGAUUUGGCUUCAAGGAACAUACUGAAAGAUGAGGUCGAGAGAAGCAAGUCCUUUAAAGAGAAUAGGGAUAAUCGCAUGGAAAUUCCCUCCAAAAAAGUCUCUCGAGAUGAGCAAGAAUUCACAAUGGAGACACAACGACUACAACGCAAGACAGACAGCUCUGUGGAAACUCCGAUGGGUAAAAUACAGAGAGAAAUGGCGGGUCUAUCUGUGGAGGCUCCAAGGCUUAAGAGAUCGCAGGAGGAGUUUCUGGUUGCAAACUCAGGACAGUUUGGCCCACCUGACCUCACUGUUAGUUCCCUGAUGCUCUGGAAACCAUCCUCAGACUCGCUUAGCACACUAGUGUAUGACGGCAUUCUAGAAAAGUCCUACGAGAGCCCUCUCAUGCCUAGUCCUGGGGAUCUCAGUCAUGCAGCUUCAGUGUCUUCCUCUUGCCAAAGCCUUCUUGGAAAUGAAGGACAAUCUGCAAAUUUGUCUUCUACAGAAUCUGUCGGUAAAGACAAGGGCAAGAAAUCUUCAAAGCUCAAGAAUAUAUUCAAAAAGAAGAAGGAAAAGGAAAAAGAUAAAGACUCAUAAGGGUCAACAAGAUGUAGGAAUUCAGACACUUUUAAAAGGCCAAAGUCACUUCUAAAACUGGUUUGGAAAGCUGCCUUGUAAAUUAUAACAUAUGCAAAGCUAAACACGCUGAAUGGAGUGCCCUUGGUUUUUCUGUGAUAUGCAGGACCCAAAACAAAUGACCCUCAGCUAAAUGGGUGCAAUUUUGUGAAAUAAACAAUCAGAACUGCACUUUUUGAAGUGGGAUUUAGAGACACUGUAUUGCGUAAGAUGUUCUGUCCAGUGAAAGCUGUUGAAUUAGAUAUUUAUUGCACAUAUUUCUUUCUUUAUUGCAGAUGUGUUCAUCAUUUGAAAUAAUUUGUGAUGAUGUACUUAGACUUUUGCAUAUUAACAGAUCAUUGUAGCAAUUGAAGAGAAGAUCACAACAAGCUUGAUUUUAUUUAAUUUACUUGUUUUCACAAAAUGUCAUUAAAAAUAGUUCAGUAAAAUGAAGACAAAACAAAACCAAAUAAUUAAAGGUUAAUUAAUAUACUCUAUUUACUACAUGAGUACUAAUAAUGUAUGAAAAUUAAGCUUUUAUUAAUUGCUAUUUAAUGAAUAAAUGUAUUUAUAAAUUCAAAUAAGAAAUAAAUAUUUAUUAAUUUAACAAUUGAUUCACAAUUUUAAGUAUUAUUGUGGUGUCUGUUUGAUUUUGUUUUACAACACUUGGGGCAACUUUUUUUGUUCAGUAUGCAAUAUACAAUAAUAAAAUUUGACUAUAGAAAUAUUUUUCUUGAAAUUACAUUUAUCCCAGUAUAAUUGCAGAUAUUCUGUUGGAUCCUGCCCUUUUCCAUUCUAUAUCAUCAUGUGAAAAUAGAAAAUAAAAAUCUAAUUGAAAAUUGUCAUAGUUCACCCAAACGUGAAAAAUUGCUGAAUAUUUACUCACUAUCAGGCCAUCCAAAAUGUAGAUGAUUUAUAGAAAUUUAGCAGUACAUCACUUGCUCACCGAUCUUCUGCUGUGAAGUAUUUAUAAGAAACAAAUACAUUAACACAUUUGAACUUUAAAAAUACUCAACGAUCUAGAGUACAUAAUCUAUAAUAAUGCUCCUCCAAUAAACAUACCUCCCUUGUUGUCCUCUUAGAACAAAACCUACCAAAAAAUUUGUUUAGAACUGUUUUCACAGUCUGUGUUCACAGUGUGUGUGCACUUCGGAUGGGUUAAAUGCAGAGAGAGCAUGAAUUCUGAGUAUUGGUCAUCGUACUUGGCUGUAUGUCACGUCACUUUCUCUUUCAAGUUAUAACAUCUUUGUGAUGGGUUUGUUUAUUACAAACUUGCAGCUUUUCUCUUCACAAGAUGUUAAUUGAUGGACUGGAGUUGUGAGGAUUACGUGUGGAUUAUUGUGAUUUUUUUAUCAGAUGUUUGAACUCUCUGUCUGACGGCACCUAUUCAUUGCAGUGGAUCCAUUGCAGAGCAAGUGAAUCUCUUCAGAAUAAACAAGCUUAUCCACAUCUUGUAUGGCCUGAGGAUGAGUACACUGUCAGCAAAUGUUCUUUUUGGGGUUUACUAUUUUUUUUAAUCAAAUUGGUUAACAUUGCUGGAAAUGUACAUUCCAGCAGGCAGGGGUUUACAGAUCUUAAUCACUUUGAAAAUAACCAGGCUGAUACAGUGAAAGUUUGGAUUUGUCAUACUUUGCAUGAUUAAUGACAACCGAUAUCUGUGAAUAUUUUAGAUAAAUAAUAAUAUUGAAAAUGUUUCAACCGUAUGACCUAAAGUAGUAGGAAAUAAACAAGACAUUCUCAAACACACCCCUACCUAUUUUUGUUUCCAUAAUUUUUUAUGAUGUUGUUAAAAUGGUCUCAUCUUGAUAAGUGAAAGUAAAAAAUGUAAAUUUAAAUAUAUGCAUUUAUCAGACGCUUUUAUCCAAAGUGACUUACAGUGCAUUUAGGCUAUCAAUUUGUACCUAUCACUAUCUAAGUUUUGACACAACAUCUAAAUUACAUUUUUCUGUCAUUAUAUUUAAUGUGCAAACAGUGUCAUGAAGUGUAUUUAUUAUCAUGAAACUCCCUAGUUUGAGUCUGAAUUUUUUCUUACCAAUUUUAGAAAUGUUUGUUCUAUCAGAUGCUGUUCACAGGUUCUUGUAAAAGGUAAGUCAUGCUUUUAUGUUU